CCUAGUCUUUUUCCGGUGCGCAAGGUUUACUACAAAUUUUAAACCAUGGCCGAUGUCGAUGUCGAGGUCCCCAACAACCCCGUCCUGAGCGGAGGGGCUAUGGAUGUGAACACAGCUUUACAGGAAGUUCUUAAGACUGCCCUCAUCCACGGCGGACUUGUGCACGGCCUCCACGAAGCCACUAAAGCUCUUGACAAGAGGCAAGCAGUACUCUGUGUAUUGGCUGAAAACUGCGAUGAGGCUGCAUACAAGAAAUUAGUGCAGGCCCUUUGCAAUGAGCAUCAAAUCCCACUUGUGAAGGUGGACAACAACAAAAAACUCGGUGAAUGGGCAGGUUUAUGCAAGAUCGACAAAGACGGCAAGGCCAGGAAAAUUGUUGGAUGCUCAUGCGUAGUUAUCAAAGACUUCGGUGAGGAGACACCAGCGUUGGAUGUGCUCAAAGACUACUUGAAGUCUUCAAGCUAAUCCUUAGGUCUAAUGUCUAUAAAUAAACAAUAAAAAGCCAAAAAAAUUA